AUGGGAAUUAUCACUGUUACAUCGCCCCAAAUCGACUUUCAAAAAGUGCCAUCAUUAAAACAUCAAAGUUCCUCAACGUCUGUAAGUGUUAUUUGCCCGGUGUUCAUGUUUUCAGUCAACUUUUUGCAGACAACAGAAAUUCUCAACACUGCAUUUUAUGACGAAAGUACAGACUCUGAGGGAGAUUUCGAUGUCAGUGAUGAGCCCGAGAAAAUCGUCGAAAAACCAAAGGAAAAGGAAGACGAUAUUUUCUACUUGAAUGUAUGUUUUUGCACAUAUUCAACCUUAAAUUCAAUAAUUUUCCAGAUAUUUGCUGUGAUUCUUCUCACAUCAAUCGCCCAAUUCAGCGGUUUGUCGGAUCUCUUCCACUACGCCAUCUAUUUAUUGACCAAAUAUAUUUUGUCAUGUUAA